AUGAACUCUGAUUCAAAUUCUUCUAGUUCAUCUAAUUCAGGGUUAUUUGAUUACAUGGUGAACAACUAUGUAGAGUGGCAUGAAUCAAUUACCCAAAGGCGAAAAGAAGAUGAAUUGAUCGAGGAAGCGAUCAAUAUAGCUGUUGUUCCCUUUGUAACAUCACCUUACCAGGUCCCCUUCACUCUUGAACCUACGUACCAAAGGUGGUAUGUACCAAGAGAUCGAGAAUAUGCUGAUAUUCAGUUAUAUAACGAUUACUUUAGUCCCCAACCAUUGUCGGAUGCCACCGGAAGACUAGGUGCAUCCACCCUCCAAAAAUGCACUGCAGCAAUUCAAAUGUUAGCAUACGGUACAUCUGCCGAUGCAGUUGACGAGUAUCUUAAAAUUGCGUUAAGUACUGCAAGAGAAGGUCUUGCUCACUUUGUUGAAGGGGUCGUAGCUCAAUUUGGACCAGAGUACUUGAGGAGAGCGAGUACUAUGGAUACUGAACAACUCCUCCGUGAAAGUUAUGUUCGUGGAUUUCCUGGUAUGAUGGGCAACAUUGAUUGCAUGCAUUGGGAGUGGAAAAAUUUUCCGCGUGCAUGGAAAGGAAUGUAUCAAGGUAGAAGUAAAACAACAACGGUGAUCUUGGAGGCUGUUGCUUCGCAAGACUUGUGGAUAUGGCAUGCUUUUUUUGGCACCCCAGGUUCUUGUAAUGAUAUAAAUGUCCUCCAACGGUCGCCGGUGUUCUCUGAUAUAUGUGAGGGAAAAGCUCCAGAGGUUACCUUUAAUGUCAACGGAAAUACAUACAAUAUGGGUUAUUAUCUUACAGACGGUAUCUAUCCGAAAUGGGCAACAUUUAUCCCAGCAAUCAAACAUCCACAAACUGGUAAGCACAAAUUAUUUACCAAGAAGCAAGAGAGUUAUCGAAAGGACGUUGAACGUGCCUUUGGAGUGUUACAAGCUCGAUUUGCAAUAAUACGUCAACCAAGUCUAGCAUGGUCGACCGAAAUUUUAUGGAAAAUCGUAAUGGCUUGUAUUAUCAUGCACAAUAUGAUUGUUGAAGAUGAGCGAGAUGGACAUUUGCAUUAUGAUGCAAUUGAAUUUAUCAAUGAUCAACCGCAAAAUUUAGCUGGAUCACCAACUGGUAACAACAACCAACCAUUUACCGUGAGAAGUGGACGAUUGGAUAGGCUCAAUCUAAAUGUUUAUAUGGAAAAUAGAAAUAAUGUUCGUGAUAGGGAGACCCAUAUUGCACUAAAAAAUGACUUGGUUGAGCAUAUAUGGGAACGUUUCGGCAACGAAUGA